AUGACACAACAGUCGUACCACCAGUUUCCGUUUCCUCAAGUUCUGCAAAGUGCUCAGACUCAGCAGCCAACUACAAGCUCCAUGCAUGGGCAAAUUCCCGUGUCAGCUGCGGCUGUUCCAUCCGUUAAACUUUCAAAGCCCCGUGAGAAGUGGCCCCUCACCGUCAAGCAUCCAGACACUAGCGUCAUUGUUGAUCUAGGAUCAGCAUCCAACGAAGUGCCAGUGGAAGAAUUCAACGAGCCGACAGUAAUAUCAGAAACAAAAACGCAAGAUCUAGCUAGUCCUACUGCGCCCUUGGGCUUGCACGACUCAAAGAUAACUUCCAGCGAACCCAUUCAGCCAUAUGACGGUUCGUCACUCAUGACCGAUUGUUCUGUAACUGCCCCUGAAUUCGAAUCUACGGAAGAGAUAGCUACUCUCCUUAUUCCCUCGGAUAAGAUCGCACCGUCUGCAGAGCAGCUAUCGGACAAAUUUCCAAGUGCUCCCGCGGUCGAUCAAACUCGGUUGGAUGUUGAGUCGGCGGAAGAUGAGUCGUGUACAGAAACUGAUGAAAGCGACGGCGAUGACACACUUUUUCGGCGGAGGUAUUCUCGGGAUUUCUUGCUAUCACUCAAGGAGACGCCGGCUGCUAUCUUAAGUCUUCCGCAUUUAGCGGUUAUUACAAACAUUGCCAACCAGUGGAAAUAUCGUCGGAAUCCCCAUAGGGCUCCUCAGCGGAUAAUUAAGCUCCCUACUGGUAUUACAGUGAAGACAGUAGAAGGUGCCUUCGUACCUACAUCCCUCCGUAAAAAAGAUAGUACGGCUGAAAAUGACAAGCCGAAGGCGCUCUCACGGGAGCUCAACGUGAUUCUCAACCGUGUUUCUGAUGGAAAUCUAACCGAAACGGUUACUGACAUCAAGAGGCUGGAGUUAUCCUCUUCUGACGACUUACAACUACUUGCUAAACUUGUCUUUCAAAAGGGCAUUCGUCAGCCUAAAUACAGCAAGGUGUUUGCCACUUUAUGCAAGGAGUUAAAAAGGUUCGAGGUUCCUGGUUCUGAAUCCUUUGAAUCGUUGGUUCUGCGGCACGUUCAGGAUCUUUUCAACACUCCACUGGAUACAUUGAUAUCCGAUCUGAACGUCGCCAUUGAUGCAAAAAUUGCAUCUGCUAAAGACGAGGCUGUAAAGCGAAUACUAGACGAAGACCGGGAAACCAACGUUUUAAAAAAGAAAGAAGCAUAUGACGGAAACAUGACACUUCUAUCUGAACUAUUCCUCUGCUGGCUGGUGCCUCUAAAAGCUAUGAGAGAUUGUCUAAACAAGCUUAAGGAUUCAGCUGCACCCGAGGCCUUGAGGUCAUUGCUCAUUAUUUUACAGAUUUGUGGAUCAGAGUUAGAAAUACAGGCGAAAAACAUUCUGGACACUUGUUUCUCUCGACUUAAUGGGCAUAUCAAAUCAAAUAAGCUACCUACACACCAAGUGUUUAAAAUCCAGGAGCUAUGUGAUUUGCGCGAGCGUGGCUGGAAGGAAAUGACAUACAAUCAGGAUCUUCCGGCUCAUCCAAAUGUUAUCUCUCGACGGCCGACAGAAGAGAAACUUCGCUGGCAGUCUCUUCAGCCUGUUCCUGAUUCAAAGCGCAGAUCCGUUCAGUCGGUUAAUCCAGUCACACCCUCAAGUCUUGCGGUGACACAGCAGCCUCAGGAUGCUCGAAAAUUAGGAUCAACUAGAGCAAAUUGGGUUCAGGGAAGUGGACAGUUGAAACCUAACGACGAUAAUCAGCUACAGAGUCCCAAAACCACAACACAUGCCACAAUAACUGGUCGUUCCCGGGAAGCUUCCCCCUCGUUCCUCCGGGGCCUCAAGGAGUGUGGGCCCAAAGAAAAGCUAGUGGACCUGCAACUGCACUUGAAAAUUCCAAGCCUAUUGAGAAUUACGAGAUUGUCGUAA